AUGCUGACCUCCCGACAGAGCCUCGUCAACAUCGUCAGCCAGUUUCCCAACCUAAGUUUGACAUACGCGCUCCUCACGGUUGGCACUCAGUAUUGGACUUCCAACUUGUUGGUGUCCUGCGCCCAACGGUCUCAUAACAUUCAUUCAUCUUCGAUCUACAACAGCGACCUCAGUUUACGCCGCCAAGCCUCUCCAAGUCCCCAAAUGCAGGUGUAUCAAUACUCCCCGCUGGCCUCGGGCGACAUCCGAAGAUUCAUCCUCUUCCCGGGGGGAUUCGAUGAUCCCCUCCAAGGACAAAUCGUUCACGACAAAGUCACCUUUGAGGAUGAAUACGAGGCAUACGAAGCCCUGUCAUACGUCUGGGGAGACCAGGACGAUCCCGAGACCCUGACCGUGUUGGCACAUACCAUUUGGGGUCUUCUCGACGACGAAGAGCUCUAUGAGAUCGGUUCUCUUCGAAUCGGUCAAAAUCUGGCUUCCGCACUCCGCCACCUGCGCCACAAAACCGACUUCAGAGCCCUCUGGUGUGAUGCUGUCUGCAUUAACCAGAACGACCUCGACGAACGAGCUACCCAGGUCCUGCGUAUGGGAUACAUCUAUCAAUAUGCUGCCAGAGUCGUCGUCUGGCUUGGACCGGGAGAUGAAGAUACCAGUGGAGCAAUACAGACUUUGAGUACAAUGGGCUCACCCUGGCGUUGGACUGAGGAAGAUGGGCUUAUGCUGAAAGAUGGACGCGACGAAGAUUACUACUGGCAUGAAGCUGAGGACGGAGCAUUGACGUUUUCGCCGAUUUAUUGCGAGACAGUUCUGAAGGCCGACUGGCAGCCCCUGCUGCAUCUUCUUCGUCUUCCAUGGUUCAGUAGGCUCUGGGUACGUCAGGAGAUCGGCCUGGCAAACGAAUCGGCGAUAUUCGUCCUCGGCUAUCAAGAAAUACGUUGGUCAAUCCUCGGUGAUGCCCUCCUUUUCAUCCUGAUGUUCAUAAUAGAAAGACAGCCCCCUCUGGACCAAUUCGCUAAACAUCAAAUCCAGAAGUACAUCAUCAAUGCCACAGACAUUGUUUACUCCAGUCGUAUACCGGAUCAAAGAUCGCUGCCCUCCUUACUCCUGAGUACCAAUCGCUGCAAAUGUUCAGACCAGCGAGACAGGAUAUAUGGUAUUGCCGGCUUCCAGCCUGCCUUUUGCAUUCAGCCGGACUACGAGAAGAGCGUCAGGCAAGUCUACGCUGACGCUUUCCGAGGCCUGGCCGAAGGCGGCAGCUGCCAACUUCUGUCAUGGUGCGACAUGGCCGACAGCCCGAGUUGGGCACCGGAUUUCACAAGGCCAGUACCAAAGUUGCUCAGUGCCGUGGACCAACAAGUUUCUGGCCCUUCAGAAGCAGUCUUCGCGUUUCUACCAGAUUUGUCGGCCAGAACCGUGGGAGUGUACUGCGACACUGUUGCGAGUUGUUUACCGCCAAUACCUGAAGCUGCCGACGGAGGAGUUCUGCAGGCUGUCAUUCAAUCAUGGAUAAAUCGUAUAUUGUUCCGCGAUAUGCAUAACUACAAUACCGCUAUGGUGGACGACUUGGUGUCCACGAUAACACUUGGUAAAGUCCAGGAAUACUACGAGGAUUCGAGGUGGACCCUACGGCAGGUGCAGAACGUUUUUUUGAGAAACGUAAAAGGUUACAAUGCGGAUGAGUCUGUCUCUGAAGAACACGUCGCUUCUCAGCUUGAUCGGUGGUGUGAACUGAUAUUGCCCGGCUCCGUGCUUCAUGAGACGCAGGAGGGCUUCUUUGCAUUGGGCAACGAAGCGACUCGUCCGGGAGAUAGGAUCUUCGCCAUCCUCGGAUGCCCGGACCUCAUCAUACUGAGGCCUGUUGUUGACCAACAAGUAUGGAGAGUGGUCGGGUCCUGUUUCAUGCACAGCCGUGUGCGGAUGGAAGCGGUCCUGGGAGAUCUUCCCGCGGGAUGGCAGAUGAAGUACGCGAGUAAGCACUGGUACUACUCUUUCACCCGCCCCGACGGCACUUCCACACCUGAGGAUCCUCGGCUCGAGCCGCUUCCGGCGGGGUGGGUUCAUUAUUAUGAUGAGAGGGUCGGUUUGCCUGUAUGGGAGAAUCCGGAGGGGGUGAAAACUUCCUAUGACUUCCGGUUGUCUCCUGAGCGGUUGAGGGCCCGCGGGGUCGAGUUGGAGGAACUGAUUUUAGUGUAG